GAAGAAAGAGAGAGGGGGUAGACAUUUUUUAAACUUUUUUUUCCAGCAGCAUUGACAUUGUGACAGUUCCCUUGGGUGGGGCAGCGGAUGAAAGCUUUUCAUAGAGGGGAUAGCUGGAUCCUUUCUCCAUUGGAUGGUUUUACUAAUUUUGCCUCGUGCUACAGGUGUAAAGGUAUAAGGAAGGGACCCUGAUCACCUGACGAGGGACAUUACGACUUCAGACACAGGUAUGCCGCAGAUUUUCCUAUAUCCUCUUCCCCCUCCUCACAGAGCUCUAAGUUAACCCCAGGAAGAGUAGCUGCUGCUUCAGCUAAUCGGGAUCCUAAUAAAAUACUAAAAUGACUAGUUAAGAUAAAGGUUGAAUGCUGUCAGAUACAGAAUGUCUAGUAAAGUAUAUAAUGUAAAGUAUAUACUGUAUACCAGGAUGAGUACUAUACACUCUUAGAAAAAAUGGUUCCUAAAGGGUUUUCUUCGGCUGUGCCCAUAGUAGAACCCUUUUUGGUUCUAGGUAAAACUCUUUUUGGUUCCAGGUAGAACCAUUUUGGGUUCCAUGUAGAACCCUCUGUAGAAACAUGGAACCCAAAACAUUUCUAGUUGGAACCAAAAAGGGUUUUACCUGGAACCAAAAAGGGGUCUUCAAAGGGUUAUCCUAUGGGGACAGCCGAAGAACCCUUUUAGGUUAUAGAGAGCACCUUUUUUUCUAAGAGUGUAGAAUAAGAUAAAACAAUGAAUACUGUACAAGAAACUAUAUCAAAACUUCACUUUUGAUACCCCAAAGUUGUCUCUGGCUAUAAGAAAAAUACAAUUUAUGCUCAUAUAGAGUUUUCAGGCAGUAUCGGAAGGUCACUUUGGUAAUGUGGCACUGAAAUGACAAAUGACGAGAGCAUCUUGUUUUGCUUUUCAAACCAAUGAGAUCAUACGGUCCAAACAAAUGCCAUUUUCAUAAUUUCUCCUCUCUUUAAUCUGUUUCUUUUACAAUGUGGAGAACCAUUCUUUUCUCUUCUGUGAUUUUGUUUGGUGUAUCCAAUUCAUACAAAAGACUAGUUUAAUCGCAGAUGAAUAAUUGUGCCAUUGUGCCAAUAGCAGCCGUACUUCUGUUCUAAAUUAUUAGUAGCAAGGUGACACAAAAUAUGUAUCUUUGAAAUGGUAAUUGGAAAAAAACAUUUUGUCAACAGGACAAAUUGCCCAUGAGCUAAAAACUCCCAGAUAGGCCUAAAUUGGCCAUGCGCUAAAAAGCAAAGAGUUUUACAUUUGAAUAGAGAAUAGAAAGUAAAGUAUGAAGAAGGGCAUAAAGAUGAUAAAGCAAAGAAAAAUAUAACAAACAAAUACUUUAGGCCAUUUUCCAAGGAUCUUGCCAUGAAAAUAAAUAUGCACAUUUACCAAACCAAAGAACAUUUCCAAGAAGUACCGUAGGACAAAAGUUUGCAAUUUAAUACAUUUACAUUUGAGCCAGACAAACAUAACUAUUAGCCUAUUGAAGUUUAAAUGAAGCUCUCAUAUGUCCACCACAAUCAUCAGUACAUUUGUAUAGAGGCAUUGUGAGAGGUUGCUCAUGAUGAUGACUUUAUUGAAUCCAUUAGGAUAAAUCUAGGAUCAGAUAGGCCUAAAUUGCCCAUGCGCUAAAAAGCAUACAGUUUUACAUUUGAAUAGAGAAAGAAAGUAAAGUAUAAAUAAGAUGAAAAAUCAAGGACAUUUUUUUAAAAACACUUUAGGCCAUUUUCAAAGGAUAUUGCCAUGAAAAUAUGCACAUUUACCAAACCAAAGUGGAUUUCCAAGAAGUACCGUAGAACAUUUGAGCCAGACAAACAUAUCUUAUAGCCUACUGAAGUUUAAAGACAUGCUCUGGAACUUUGGGGACUACUUAGUAUUUUUUAAACCUCCCGCUUUGGGCUGGAUGUGUCAAUGUGGAGUUCAUACAUGCAUAAUCUAUGAGCAGAAUUACUGUUUUACAAAAUCCCUAGUUUGAAAACGACUGUUUUUCUGGAAGCUGUGCCGCGGCAUUUUCCCUACAUAUUCCCCACGUGUGCCAGCCUCCUAGCAAUUCGAGUUCUAGCCAAUGAGCUUCAACCCCUCGCCAUUUGAGUGACAGCUAGCAAGAUGCACACACAGCAGAGUGAGCGAGAGAGAGCAAUCAUGUGGUGCGCAUAUCUGCACAUAUGUGAUGUAGUAAGCAAUUGAAUCCAUUAAGAAAAUAUAUUUUUUCAUCUUUGUAGACAGACUUACAGUAUGUCACAAACAUUACAUACAGUGGGGGAAAAAAGUAUUUAGUCAGCCACCAAUUGUGCAAGUUCUCCCACUUAAAAAGAUGAGAGAGGCCUGUAAUUUUCAUCAUAGGUACACGUCAACUAUGACAGACAAAUUGAGAAAAAAAAUCCAGAAAAUCACAUUGUAGGAUUUUUAAUGAAUUUAUUUGCAAAUUAUGGUGGAAAAUAAGUAUUUGGUCACCUACAAACAAGCAAGAUUUCUGGCUCUCACAGACCUGUAACUUCUUCUUUAAGAGGCUCCUCUGUCCUCCACUCGUUACCUGUAUUAAUGGCACGUGUUUGAACUUGUUAUCAGUAUAAAAGACACCUGUCCACAACCUCAAACAGUCACACUCCAAACUCCACUAUGGCCAAGACCAAAGAGCUGUCAAAGGACACCAGAAACAAAAUUGUAGACCUGCACCAGGCUGGGAAGACUGAAUCUGCAAUAGGUAAGCAGCUUGGUUUGAAGAAAUCAACUGUGGGAGCAAUUAUUAGGAAAUGGAAGACAUACAAGACCACUGAUAAUCUCCCUCAAUCUGGGGCUCCACGCAAGAUCUCACCCCGUGGGGUCAAAAUGAUCACAAGAACGGUGAGCACAAAUCCCAGAACCACACGGGGGGACCUAGUGAAUGACCUGCAGAGAGCUGGGACCAAAGUAACAAAGCCUACCAUCAGUAACACACUACGCCGCCAGGGACUCAAAUCCUGCAGUGCCAGACGUGUCCCCCUGCUUAAGCCAGUACAUGUCCAGGCCCGCCUGAAGUUUGCUAGAGUGCAUUUGGAUGAUCCAGAAGAGGAUUGGGAGAAUGUCAUAUGGUCAGAUAAAACCAAAAUAGAACUUUUUGGUAAAAACUCAACUUGUCGUGUUUGGAGGACAAAGAAUGCUGAGUUGCAUCCAAAGAACACCAUACCUACUGUGAAGCAUGGGGGUGGAAACAUCAUGCUUUGGGGCUGUUUUUCUGCAAAGGGACCAGGACGACUGAUCCGUGUAAAGGAAAGAAUGAAUGAGGCCAUGUAUCGUGAGAUUUUGAGUGAAAACCUCCUUCCAUCAGCAAGGGCAUUGAAGAUGAAACGUGGCUGGGCCUUUCAGCAUGACAAUGAUCCCAAACACACCGCCCGGGCAACGAAGGAGUGGCUUCGUAAGAAGCAUUUCAAGGUCCUGGAGUGGCCUAGCCAGUCUCCAGAUCUCAACCCCAUAGAAAAUAUUUGGAGGGAGUUGAAAGUCUGUGUUGCCCAGCGACAGCCCCAAAACAUCACUGUUCUAGAGGAGAUCUGCAUGGAGGAAUGGGCCAAAAUACCAGCAACAGUGUGUGAAAACCUUGUGAAGACUUACAGAAAACGUUUGACCUGUGUCAUUGCCAACAAAGGGUAUAUAACAAAGUAUUGAGAAACUUUUGUUAUUGACCAAAUACUUAUUUUCCACCAUAAUUUGCAAAUAAAUUCAUUAAAAAUCCUACAAUGUGAUUUUCUGGAGAGAAAGAAAUCUCAUUUUGUCUGUCAUAGUUGACGUGUACCUAUGAUGAAAAUUACAGGCCUCUCUCAUCUUUUUAAGUGGGAGAACUUGCACAAUUGGUGGCUGACUAAAUACUUUUUUUCCCCACUGUACAUAGUGCAUUACACAUACAGACAUACAGUACGUUACAAGCAUUAAAUACACAUAGACAUACGAAGAGGCACUAAUGGCCAAACUCAAUAUCUUUGAAUUGAUUAUGCCCUCAUACGAAAACACAUUAUUGUAUGUCGUCAUUGAGGGUUCAGAGUUAGCAUGAAUGCACUACAACUCACAGUUAUCUAUCUAUCUAUCUAUCUAUCUAUCUAUCUAUCUAUCUAUCUAUCUAUCUAUCUAUCUAUCUAUCUAUCUAUCUAUCUAUCUAUCUAUCUAUCUAUCUAUCUAUCUAUCUAUCUAUCUAUCUAUCUAUCUAUCUAUCUAUCUAUCUAUCUAUCUAUCUAUCUAUCUAUCUAUCUAUCUAUCUAUCUAUCUAUCUAUCUAUCUAUCUAUCUAUCUAUCUAUCUAUCUAUCUAUCUAUCUAUCUAUAGGCUAGCUAACUACUUAUCUGUUUCUGUGUCAUACCAUAAAUUCUCCAGUCAAUGAGAUUAAACUCUGUUGCUUCACAGCUCCACUUCAUGUCCAGUGUCUCCAUCUCCCUGCGAAGUACACUGGCAAAGGACCAAAAGUACCAAAAGAACCAAACGCACUAACUGAGGCUCAAUUUGACCAUACAUCAUUUGACCAUACGUGGUGGACCGUACGUAGUGGACCGUAUCAGAUUGUGAGGACCGGCGGUUCGACUUGAGUGAACCGUGGUCCAGUGAACCGUGGUCCCACCCUAUGGGGAAGACUGGUAAGAGCACUGUGGACCUCAACUCCCCAACAGAGGUCAAACAGGCAGUCCCAUUCGAGGUCAUGGAGACAGUGGCGCCCACAGAUGCCGAGGAGAAGGAGGAAGUACUCCCUGACAGGGGCUCCUGGAAGGGCAAGUUUGACUUCCUGUUGUCGUGCGUGGGCUACGCCAUCGGCCUGGGGAAUGUCUGGCGGUUCCCUUAUCUGUGCGGCAAGAAUGGAGGAGGUAAAAUAAACUGUGAGGGGAGGUAGGCCAUUUUGGCGUCUGGGAAAAAUCAUUGUCACAGGCUUUGAAAUAGUGAGAUUUCAUGGGGUGCCUGAAGAGGCAGGAGGAAAACUACACAUUUCAAAAUAUCAUCAGUAUAAAGCACAACAUAUUACAAUUUAUGGGAGAGCACUGUUUGAUGAACUAACACAUUGUGCCCCAAAUUUUUUUUUAAGAAACAUGCUAUUUAAUAUUUGAUUUAAUGUGAAUUAUGGGGCCCUGGAUUUUUCUAAAGAGUCCCAGUGGUUGAGAACCCCUGAUAUUAUAAUAAGGGCUCAUUAAUUCAUGUGGACUUGAUGAACUAACCAGUUCAGUUGAAUGCCAAAACUGCACCAAGAUGGCUGCCUAGCUUCACAUUUUCCAACAUAAGGAGUUAGCAGCUCUGUCCAUUGCUUUUAUGUGGGUUGUGUGUCAAAUGCUGUAUGGCACUGACCUGGUUUUGCAGGCCUGGUCCCAAGCUCUGCUCUGCUGUUAAGGUCACAGGCCUUACUGAAGCUUUGCUUGUUGAAUUCAAUAUAGUAUUAGAUAUAAUGUUCCAUAGACAGUUUUUACAUUACUGUACAGUGAGGGAAAAAAGUAUUUGAUCACCUGCUGAUUUUGUACGUUUGCCCACUGACAAAGAAAUGAUCAGUCUAUAAUUUUAAUGGUAGGUUUAUUUGAACAGUGAGAGACAGAAUAACAACAAAAAAAUCCAGAAAAACACAUGUCAAAAAUGUUAUAAAUUGACUUGCAUUUUAAUGAGGGAAAUAAGUAUUUGACACCUCUGCAAAACAUGACUUAGUACUUGGUGGCAAAACCCUUGUUGGCAAUCACAGAGGUCAGACGUUUCUUGUAGUUGGCCAUGAGGUUUGCACACAUCUCAGGAGGGAUUUUGUCCCACUCCUCUUUGCAGAUCUUCUCCAAGUCAUUAAGGUUUCGUGGCUGACGUUUGGCAACUCAAACCUUCACAACUCCAGGACCUUAAUGUGCUUCUUCUUGAGCCACUCCUUUGUUGCCUUGGCCAUGUGUUUUGGGUCAUUGUCAUGCUGGAAUACCCAUCCACAACCCAUUUUCAAUGCCCUGGCUAAGGGAAGGAGGUUCUCACCCAAGAUUUGAUGGUACAUGGCCCCGUCCAUCAUCCCUUUGAUGCGGUGAAGUUGUCCUGUCCCCUUAGCAGAAAAACACCCCCAAAGCAUAAUGUUUCCACCUCCAUGUUUGACGGUGGGGAUGGUGUUCUUGGGGUCAUAGGCAGCAUUCCUCCUCCUCCAAACACGGCGAGUUGAGUUGAUGCCAUAGAGCUCAAUUUUGGUCUCAUCUGACCACAACACUUUCACCCACUUCUCCUCUGAAUCAUUCAGAUGUUCAUUGGCAAACUUCAGACGGGCAUGUACAGUGGGGAAAAAAAGUAUUUAGUCAGCCCCCAAUUGUGCAAGUUCUCCCACUUAAAAAGAUGAGAGAGGCCUGUAAUUUUCAUCAUAGGUACAUGUCAACUAUGACAGACAAAAUGAGAAAAAAAAAUCCAGAAAAUCACAUUGUAGGAUUUUUUAUGAAUUUAUUUGCAAAUUAUGGUGGAAAAUAAGUAUUUGGUCAAUAACAAAAGUUUCUCAAUACUUUGUUAUAUACCCCUUGUUGGCAAUGACACAGGUCAAACGUUUUCUGUAAGUCUUCACAAGGUUUUCACACACUGUUGCUGGUAUUUUGGCCCAUUCCUCCAUGCAGAUCUCCUCUAGAGCAAUGAUGUUUUGGGGCUGUCGCUGGGCAACACGGACUUUCAACUCCCUCCAAAGAUUUUCUAUGGGGUUGAGAUCUGGAGACUGGCUAGGCCACUCCAGGACCUUGAAAUGCUUCUUACGAAGCCACUCCUUCGUUGCCCGGGAGGUGUGUUUGGGAUCAUUGUCAUGCUAAAAGACCCAGCCACGUUUCAUCUUCAAUGCCCUUGCUGAUGGAAGGAGGUUUUCACUCAAAAUCUCACGAUACAUGGCCCCAUUCAUUCUUUCCUUUACACGGAUCAGUCGUCCUGGUCCCUUUGCAGAAAAACAGCCCCAAAACAUGAAGUUUCCACCCCCAUGCUUCACAGUAGGUAUGGUGUUCUUUGGAUGCAACUCAGCAUUCUUUGUCCUCCAAACACGAUGAGUUGAGUUUUUACCAAAAAGUUGUAUUUUGGUUUCAUCUGACCAUAUGACAUUCUCCCAAUCCUCUUCUGGAUCAUCCAAAUGCACUCUAGCAAACUUCAGACGGGCCUGGACAUGUACAGGCUUAAGCAGGGGGACACGUCUGGCAAUGCAGGAUUUGAGUCCCUGGCGGAGUAGUGUGUUACUGAUGGUAGGCUUUGUUACUUUGGUCCCAGCUCUCUGCAGGUCAUUCACUAGGUUCCCCCGUGUGGUUCUGGGAUUUUUGCUCACCUUUCUUGUGAUCAUUUUGACCCCACGGGGUGAGAUCUUGUGUGGAGCCCCAGAUCAAGGGAGAUUAUCAGUGGUCUUGUAGGUCUUCCAUUUCCUAAUAAUUGCUCCCACAGUUGAUUUCUUCAAACCAAGCUGCUUACCUAUUGCAGAUUCAGUCUUCCCAGCCUGGUGCAGGUCUACAAUUUUGUUUCUGGUGUCCUUUGACAGCUCUUUGGUCUUGACCAUAGUGGAGUUUGGAGUGUGACUGUUUGAGGUUGUGGACAGGUGUCUUUUAUACUGAUAACAAGUUCAAACAGUUGCCAUUAAUACAGGUAACGAGUGGAGGACAGAGGAGCCUCUUAAAGAAGAAGUUACAGGUCUGUGAGAGCCAGAAAUCUUGCUUGUUUGUAGGUGACCAAAUACUUAUUUUCCACCAUAAUUUGCAAAUAAAUUCAUUAAAAAUCCUACAAUGUGAUUUUCUGGAUUUUUUCUCUCUCAAUUUGUCUGUCAUAGUAGACGUGUACCUAUGAUGAAAAUGACAGGCCUCUCUCAUCUUUUUAAGUGGGAGAACUUGCACAAUUGGUGGCUGACUAAAUACUUUUUUCCCCCACUGUAUAUGUGCUUUCUUGAGCAGGGAGAACUUGCAGGCGCUGCAGGAUUUCAGUCCUACACGGCGUAGUGUGUUACCAAUUGUUUUCUUGGUGCCUAUGGUCCCAGCUGCCUUGAGAUCAUUGACAAGAUCCUCCCGUGUAGUUCUGGGCUGAUUCCUCACCGUUCUCAUGAUCAUUGCAACUCCACGAGGUGAGAUCGUGCAUGGAGCCCCAGGCCGAGGGAGAUUGACAGUUAUUUUGUGUUUCUUCCAUUUGCGAAUAAUCGCACCAACUGUUGUCACCUUCUCACCAAGCUGCUUGGCGGUGGUCUUGUAGCCCAUUUCAGCCUUAUGUAGGGCUGGAAUGGGUCUUUUAUACAGGUAACAAACUGAGAUUAGGAGCACUCCCUUUAAGAGUGUGCUCCUAAUCUCAGCUCCUUACCUGUAUAAAAGACACCUGGGAGCCAGAAAUCUUUCUGAUUGAGAGGGGGUCAAAUACUUAUUUCCCUCAUUAAAAUGCAAAUCAAUUUCUAACAUUUUUGACAUGCAUUUUUCUGGAUUUUGUUGAUGUUAUUCUGUCUCUCACUGUUCAAAUAAACCUACCAUUAAAAUGAUAGACUGAUCAUUUCUUUGUCAGUGGGCAAACGUACAAAAUCAGCAGGGGAUCAAAUACUUUUUUCCCUCACUGUAUAUGGAACUUGUAGGAUGUGUAACAUGACAUGGAAAAUGAACAGACAUUGUAAAAAAGGAAGCUUUCAAUGAAUACAUUUGGCUAUCCAUCUUAUUUAGUUUUAUGCAACCUGAGUGAGAGAAAAUCUAAACAUGUCAUUAAAACAACUGCAUGGAAUAUACCAUGAUGAUUAUUUAAUGACCAACCUUGAUUUAUUAUUGAUUAGCAUAUUGUUAAUAAUGAAAUUGCCAUUAGCAAACAUCUAUAUUUCAUCACAAUGUACACUGUGCUAGUAUGCUGCAUCAUAUUUAUGGACUAUUGAGGUCACUCUCUGUGUUAGUGAGCGAAUAAUUACAAAUAUAUAUCAUCAACAGUGUUAGUGUUCACAGAAACGUUUUUUAAAAUUAAAAUGUUACAAUGUUUUUCGAGGUAAAAUAUCCUUAAAGUGUAACGAAUAACACCUUUCUAAAUUAAGUUAAAUUCGUUUUUGAAUUCAGCACCUUUCCAGUAUUGUAAAAUCUAAUAAAUCACUGAGUUUAUAUUUUCUAUUUCUAAUGUCAAUAACUUUGUGAAGUGAGCAAAGAUUAGAAGCAAACACUUUAGAUACUAUACUCCUGACCGGUAUUCAAUCAGACGCAGAUUGAUUUUAUUGAUGUAUUCUUUUUGCAUUUUACACUUGAGAGGGACUGAUGUAAUGCAGUGUUUCCCAAACUCAGUCCUCGGGACCCCAAGGGGUGCAUGUUUUGGUUUUCGCCCUAAAAGCUGGUUAAAUUAAUCACUAAUCAUCAAGCUUUAAUUAUUUAAAUCAGCUGUGUAGUGCUAGGGCAAAAACCAAAACAUGCACCCCUAGGGGUCCCGAGGACCGAGUUUGAGAAACUGAUUUAAUAUGUUGAUAAUGUGUUGUAUUGCACAGUCCCCUUCUUUUCAUGCAUAGUUCAUUCUAUUGAUUCUAUUGGUUUCUGUAGUCGUCAUACAUUUAACUAGUUCCCCCAUCCAUCAGGGCUCAGGGCCAUAUGCAUAUGUUACUGUCUGUGUCCUACAUCCAACUUCUCCUUUGGAGAUCAAUUAAGUGUUUUGAAUUCAAUUCAAUAUGGAUAUCCAUAUAGCCCUUGCAGGAGUGUGCUUGUUUUGCACAGCAGUGUGUCCCUGUGCAGGGAGUUGACACUUGAUAUAGAAAUUGUGAGUUUGGUUGUGUGCACUGGAUGAUUUGUCAGCCAAGUUCACCUUCAAAACUGAACGGGUCAUGUCAUCCCACUGGGCACACACUGAUUGAAUCAGCGUUGUUUCCACAUCAUUUCAAUGAAAUAAUGUUGAGCCAACGUGGAAUAGACGCUGAAUUGACGUCUGUCCUCAGUGGGAUUGGACUGCUAGUUUGUUAAUCACAUGUGAUGAAGCUGCUGUACAAAUCACACACUUCUGAAAUCACCUAUCCAUAAAUCCACUAUAUAAAACGGAUUGAAUACUGGCCAUUUAAUGUCUUAACCACAUCCGAGUCUCAAUCCUCCAACCUUCUCUCAAAGUGUGCACUUGCACACGCCCCAUGGUAAAAACCACAGGAGGCUGCUGAGGGGAGGAUGGCUAAUAUAAACGUCCGGAACGGAGCAAAUGGAAUGGUAUCAAACACAUGGAAACCAUGUGUUUGAUGUAUUUGAUACCAUUCCACUGAUUCCGCUCCAGUCAUUACCACAAGCCCUUCCUCCCCAAUUAAGGUGCCACCAACCUCCUGUGGUAUAAACUGUCUCCAGCACAGGAGGUUGGUGGCGCCUUAAUUGGGGAGGACGGGCUCGUGGUAAUAGCUGGAGCAGAACAGAUUCAAAUGCAUCAAACACAUGGUUUCCAUUCGCUCCUUCCUGGCCAUUAUUAUGAGCCGUCCUCCCCUCAGCAGCCUCCUGUGGCUCCAGACAGUGCUUCCACCAAUCCUUUAAUGCUUUUAAAAUCCAUGAUAGUGAUUGCACACUUUGAGAGAAGGAUGGAGAAUGGGGAUGCAGACUGUAAGUAAAAGUGUAAAUACAGAUGAAAGAGGAUAUCUUUGGUGUAAAUGUGAAACACACUUCCUGUUGUGUCACACUGUGCCCUGGUCAUGUGACAGGGGCUUUCCUGAUCCCAUACUUCCUCACCCUGGUGUUUGCUGGCAUACCUCUGUUCCUGUUGGAGACGUCACUGGGCCAAUUCACCUCGGUGGGGGGGCUGGGGGUGUGGACCAAACUAAUGCCUAUGAUGAAAGGUGAGAUAUGUUGAAAAUCCCCCCACAUAUUGACAGAUAGUCUAGGUAGGUGAUUGAUUGUGGUUGGUUGUUAGAUUACAUUAAUUAGACAAUUAAAGAAUGCAUAUACAUACAAAUGCAACACAUUCAAAAUCAUUGUAGUUCAUUAAAACAUCUUAGAGAAUAGAUAUACACAUAUCCCAAAGACAAAUAAUAGUUAGCUAUAGCAGUUCAUAGGUAGUUAACUAUUUGUUUGCUAAUACUGACCUCUUUCUCUCUCUCCCCUAUAGGGGUUGGUCUGGCCUCAGUGGUGCUCUCCUUCUGGCUCAACAUCUACUACAUUAUCAUCAUCGCCUGGGCCCUCUACUAUCUCUUCAACUCCUUCAGAGCGGUAGGUGACAUCACCACACUAAUCACACAACAUUAUCAUCAUCGCCUGGGCCCUCUACUACCUCUUCAACUCCUUCAGAGCGGUAGGUGACAUCACCACACUAAUCACACAACAUUAUCAUCAUCGCCUGGGCCCUCUACUAUCUCUUCAACUCCUUCAGAGCUAUAGGUGACAUCACCACACUAAUCACACAACAUUAUCAUCAUCGCCUGGGCCCUCUACUACCUCUUCAACUCCUUCAGAGCGGUAGGUGACAUCACCACACUAAUCACACAACAUUAUCAUCAUCGCCUGGGCCCUCUACUACCUCUUCAACUCCUUCAGAGCGGUAGGUGACAUCACCACACUAAUCACACAACAUUAUCAUCAUCGCCUGGGCCCUCUACUACCUCUUCAACUCCUUCAGAGCGGUAGGUGACAUCACCACACUAAUCACACAACAUUAUCAUCAUCGCCUGGGCCCUCUACUACCUCUUCAACUCCUUCAGAGCGGUAGGUGACAUCACCACACUAAUCACACAACAUUAUCAUCAUCGCCUGGGCCCUCUACUACCUCUUCAACUCCUUCAGAGCGGUAGGUGACAUCACCACACUAAUCACACAACAUUAUCAUCAUCGCCUGGGCCCUCUACUACCUCUUCAACUCCUUCAGAGCGGUAGGUGACAUCACCACACUAAUCACACAACAUUAUCAUCAUCGCCUGGGCCCUCUGCUACCUCUUCAACUCCUUCAGAGCAGUAGGUGACAUCACCACACUAAUCACACUACAUUAUCAUCAUCGUCUGGGCCCUCUGCUAUCUCUUCAACUCCUUCCGAGCGGUAGGUGACAUCACCACACUAGAAAGCAGUAGCCCAGUCAAAUCAAAUCAACAUUUAUUGGUCACGUGCACACGGUACAGUGAAAUUCUCCUCAACAAUAGAGUAAAAUAUCUGUCACAAAUCUGUUUGUGCUGUCUUGCCAACUUCCACGGUCAUUGACUCCUAUGGUCAUAGCCUGGUUCCAGAUCUAUUUGUGCUCUGUUGCUGACUCAGCAGAAAGCACAAACAAAUCUGGAACCAGGCUAUGGAAUAAGCAGGAGUAUAUUAUUUGCUGUGACUUCAUAGCUUAACUAUGUGACCUGACCAGAAAUAAGUGUGGGUUGAAUACGUUAUAGGCUAUAACUAACAAAUGCUCUAAGAAAUACGCAGGCCUUAGUCAGACUACUCAGUUUCUGAGUAGUUCACUUACAGUGGGGGAAAAAAGUAUUUAGUCAGCCACCAAUUGUGCAAGUUCUCCAACUUAAAAAGAUGAGAGAGGCCUGUAAUUUUUAUCAUAGGUACACGUCAACUAUGACAGACAAAAUGAGAAAAAAAAUCCAGAAAAUCACAUUGUAGGAUUUUUUAUGAAUUUAUUUGCAAAUUAUGGUGGAAAAUAAGUAUUUGGUCAAUAACAAAAGUUUCUCAAUACUUUGUUAUAUACCCUUUGUUGGCAAUGACACAGGUCAAACGUUUUCUGUAAGUCUUCACAAGGUUUUCACACACUGUUGCUGGUAUUUUGGCCCAUUCCUCCAUGCAGAUCUCCUCUAGAGCAGUGACGUUUUGGGGCUGUCGCUGGGCAACACGGACUUUCAACUCCCUCCAAAGAUUUUCUAUGGGGUUGAGAUCUGGAGACUGGCUAGGCCACUCCAGGACCUUGAAAUGCUUCUUACGAAGCCACUCCUUCGUUGCCCGGGCGGUGUGUUUGGGAUCAUUGUCAUGCUGAAAGACCCAGCCACGUUUCAUCUUCAAUGCCCUUGCUGAUGGAAGGAGGUUUUCACUCAAAAUCUCACGAUACAUGGCCCCAUUCAUUCUUUCCUUUACACGGAUCAGUCGUCCUUGUCCUUUGCAGAAAAACAGCCCCAAAGCAUGAUGUUUCCACCCCCAUGCUUCACAGUAGGUAUGGUGUUCUUUGGAUGCAACUCAGCAUUCUUUGUCCUCCAAACACGACGAGUUGAGUUUUUACCAAAAAGUUCUAUUUUGGUUUCAUCUGACCAUAUGACAUUCUCCCAAUCCUCUUCUGGAUCAUCCAAAUGCAUUCUAGCAAACUUCAGACGGGCCUGGACAUGUACUGGCUUAAGCAGGGGGACACUUCUGGCACUGCAGGAUUUGAGUCCCUGGCGGCGUAGUGUGUUACUGAUGGUAGGCUUUGUUACUUUGGUCCCAGCUCUCUGCAGGUCAUUCACUAGGUCCCCCCAUGUGGUUCUGGGAUUUUUGCUCACCGUUCUUGUGAUCAUUUUGACCCCACGGGGUGAGAUCUUGCGUGGAGCCCCAGAUCGAGGGAGAUUAUCAGUGGUCUUGUAUGUCAUCCAUUUCCUAAUAAUUGCUCCCACAGUUGAUUUCUUCAAACCAAGCUGCUUACCUAUUGCAGAUUCAGUCUUCCCAGCCUGGUGCAGGUCUACAAUUUUGUUUCUGGUGUCCUUUGACAGCUCUUUGGUCUUGGCCAUAGUGGAGUUUGGAGUGUGACUGUUUGAGGUUGUGGACAGGUGUCUUUUAUACUGAUAACAAGUUCAAACAGGUGCCAUUAAUACAGGUAACGAGUGGAGGACAGAGGAGCCUCUUAAAGAAGAAGUUAGAGGUCUGUGAGAGCCAGAAAUCUUGCUUGUUUGUAGGUGACCAAAUACUUAUUUUCCACCAUAAUUUGCAAAUAAAUUCAUUAAAAAUCCUACAAUGUGAUUUUCUGGAUUUGUUUUCCUCAAUUAGUCUGUCAUAGUUGACGUGUACCUAUGAUGAAAAUUACAGGCCUCUCUCAUCUUCUUAAGUGGGAGAACUUGCACAAUUGGUGGCUGACUAAAUACUUGUUUUCCCCACUGUAAUAGUGUUCUGACUCCUGUGGUUCACUGUGGCUGUUCAUUUUGUUCCACACAAAGGCCUGAGACAGAGUUAUUAUAUCUGUACAGACGCUCUCCAUCACCAGUCUCCUCACACCAGACAGGAGCACAAAGAGAUGGGUCAGGAGUGUGAGGGGAGAGAGAGAGAGACAGACAGAGAGAGAGUGAGAGAAAGAGAGAGAGAGAGAGAGAGAGAGAGAGAGAGAGAGAGAGAGAGAGAGAGAGAGAGAGAGAGAGAGAGAGAGAGAGAGAGAGGCAGUUGGAGGUAGAAAGAGAGAGGGAGAGGGGGUAGAGAGAGAGGGAUAGGGAGAGAGAGAGAUAUAGGUAGAAAGGUAGAGGUAGAGAGAGAGCGAGAGAGAGAGAGAGAGAGAGAGAGAGAGAGAGAGAGAGAGAAAGAGAGAAAGAGACAUCACUGAAAUGAAGCAGACAAUCUGAGACACCAAGAGCUUUCCACUCAAAAGUGGUGCAGAAAUACAUAUAUGAUGAUGACCUGAGAGAGCAGACAAGAAAAUAAAAUGGUUCCAAGCACAGAGAGUACCUGAGACUCCAUUACGGGUUCUUCAAUCUCGGUUAACCCAGAACUAAAAAUUUGCGUAAUUUGGUCAGAAUGGGAGAAUGGUGUUUUUAGUGGUUUGUAGCCUACAGUAACAUAAAUUAAUGAAAACGCUAUUAUGUUCUUUGAAAAAAAAUCAUUAAUAUACUAAUGUUACCUAAUACCUUCAUAAAUAUAACCAAAGGAUUGUUUGCAGCAAGAGUGCAAUUCGAUUAGAUACAAGGUGGAAAGACCUUUAGUUUCUAUAUGACAAUGAAAACCCUGUACUCAUUGACUUCAAUUCAAUUCAAAUGACUCUAUUUUCUUGUGAGGGAGCUUCUUGUGUGGAAUGGUUCCUAUGACAGACAAACAGCACAUACAAAUAAUAUCUAACAGGCAGUAGAGGACAGGACAUAGGGGAAACAAGUUGCUCACUCCAUCAUAAAACUAACCGGGCUUUAGAUUACUACCACAAUAGUCUCCUCUAACAGCCAGCUCUGAGCCUGGGGAUGAGGUUACUACCAUACAUCAUUGAUUACUACCCUACUGUAUGAGUUAAAUAGCUCUCCAAUGUUCUCCUUUAGGCAAUGGACAAUGCUAAUGCCUGUUUGUUCUGAUCCUUCCUUCCUUCCCUCUCUCUCUCUCUCUCUCUCUCUCUCUCUCUCUCUCUCUCUCUCUCCAUCCAUCUCUCUCUCUCUCUCUCUCUCUCUCUCUCUCUCCAUCUAUCUCUCUCUCUCUCUCUCCAUCCAUCUCUCUCUCUCUCUCUCUCUCUCUCUCGCUCUCUCUCCAUCCAUCUCUCUUUCUCUCUCUCUCUCUCUCUCUCUCUCCAUCCAUCUCCGUCUCUCUCAAUUCAAUUCAAUUCAAUUCAAGCUGCUUUAUUGGCAUGAAAAACAUUGCGUCAAUAUUGCCAAAGCAACAAUGUAUACAAUAUACAUUGUAAUAAAAUAAUAAAUAAUAACAAAUAAUAAAAAAUGGUAGUAAAUAAUAAUAAAUAAAUAAAUAACAACAAUAAAAUGGUAACAGUCAAUAGUAUAAAUAUAAUAAAUAUACAAAUCUAAAUAUGGAAAAUGAAACUAUAACUAACUUAUAACUAAAUAACGGUCAUCUUCACCAUUAUAUCAGUACUACAACUACCAUCAUCAUUACUACCACUACUACCACCACCAUCAUUAAACUGCCAUCAUUACCAUUACCACCCAUACCACUACUAUUUGGAAUGAUAAACAACAAUAAUAAUGGUAAUAACAAUAAUAGCAAUAACAAUAAUAAUAAGUACGUUACUAUUUAUUAUGCAGAUGUUAUUAUUCAGUGUCCCUCAGGCUAUGGCAGGCAAAUACAUAUUUGGCUGCAAGAGGAGCCAUAGCUCCUUCGCCCAUGAGUAUUUUUAGUUUUUCCUCUGGGUUUAAUAAGUAAAAUUUUGGAAUAAAUCUAGUCAUUUCUGUGAAUAAUGAAUCUCUUUGUGAGGAAUAUUUAUCACAGUAAAGGAGAAAGUGCAUUUCUGUUUCUACCUCCCCUGUCGUGCAGUGACCACAUAUACGCUCCUCUUUGGGUAGCCAUGUCUUUUUAUGUCUGCCGGUUUCUAUUGCCAAUUGAUGGUCCCUCAGCCUGUACUUGGUAAGGAUCUGUCUCUGCUUCGUAUCUCUGACAGAGUAGAGAUAAUCAGCCGAUUCAUAUUCUCUUUGGGAUUUUGUUUCGUUUUUCCAAUGUUGUAAAUAUGAGUCCUUUGAUUGGUUCAUGAUUUUGUUCAUUGGAAUUCUUUCUUUUGAAGCAGUGCUGGUGUCAGCUUGGUUGGUUAGGUCCAACACCAGCUGACUGAGAGGGCUCGUUUCUGGGCUCAGCUGUUGGGUUUGAAGUGCUUUAAAUUGCAGACUUGAAUUUGGACUUGAAUUUAGAUGUAGCCAAAAUAUUAAUGAUCUUUUCUGUAUUUUCAUUACUACUGGAAAGCGGCUCAAUUCUGCCCUACAUGCAUUAGUUGGUGUAUUUCUCUGGACUUGUAGAAUUUUCCGACAGAAUUCUGCAUGUAGGGCUUCAAUUGGAUGUUUGUCCCAUAUUUUAAAGUCCAGUUUAUUGAGUGGCCCCCAAACCUCACUUCCGUAAAGAGCUAUUGGUAGGAUUACACUGUCAAAUAUUUUGGUCCAAAUUCUAAUUGGGAUAUUGAUUUUGAAUAAUUUCAUUUUUAUUGCAUACAAUGCUCUGCGGGCUUUUUCUUUGAGUGCAUUCACUGCCAUAUUAAAGUUUCCCGAUGCAGAUAUGGUCAGACCAAGGUAUGUGUAAUUUUUAGUGUGUUCAAUUAUGGUGUUGUUCAGGGUGAAUUUAUAUUUGUGUUUCUGACAUCUGUUUUUUUUUUGUGGAAAAUCAUGAUUUUAGUUUUUUUGAAAUGUACUGCCAGGGCCCAAUUAUUGCAAUAUUGCUCUAGAAUGUUAAGGUUCUGUUGAAGACCUUCUUUGGUUGGUGAUAGAAGUACCAAGUCAUCAGCAUAUCUCUCUCUCUCUCUCUCUGUCUCCUCUCUCUCGCGCCAGAGAGCGCGCGAGCGCGCGAGAGCGCGACAGCGACGCGCGCGCGCGCGGAGCCAGCGCCAGCGCAAGCGCGAGGCGCGCGGCGGCAAAGACGCAGCGCGCGCGCGCUGACGCGCAGCGCAGAGCGCGAGCGAGGCCAGCCAGCGCGCGAUCUCGCGCGCGCCAGUCAAGCCGAGCGAGCCAGCGAGCAGUGGAGAGCGCGCGAGCGUUCGCGCGCGCGCGCACCAACGAGGAGAGCGCGCGCGAGGGCGAGCGCGCGCGCAGCGAGCGAGCAGCAGAGCCAGAGGCGAUGCGGCCAGAGAGCGAGCAGAGUACAGGCUCGAGACAUCUACAUAGAGCGCCGCGAGAGCCAUACUGUCUAUAUCUCUCGCGCGAUCUCGCUAGAAUCCAUCUCUCUAUAAGCCACCGAGAUAUCUCCAUCAAGAUCCUACACAUCUUCUAUCUCGUUGCGCUCUCUCUCUCCGCUCUCUCUCUCUCGUCCAGCCAUACAGCCGCUCUCUCUCUUCUCAAUGAUCUCUCUAUCUAUCUCCAUAUCAUUAUCUCUCUCUCUCGCUCUAUCUCUCUCUCUCUUCUCCUCCAUCUCUCUCUCUCUCUCUUCUCUCUCUCUCUCUCUCUCUCUCUCUCCAUCCAUCUCUGUCUCUCUGUCUCUCUGUCUCUCUCUCUCUCUCUCUCUCUCUCCAUCCAUCUCUGUCUCCCUCUCUCUCUCUCUCUCUCUCUCUCUCCUCUCUCAUCCAUCUCUGUCUUCUCUCUAUCUGUCUCUAGGAUUUGCCGUGGGAGGGUUGUGAUAACCCCUGGAACACAGAGAAAUGUUUCUCCAACUACAGUUUGACAGACACCACCAACCUCACCAGUGCUGUCACUGAGUUCUGGGAGUACGUCAAAUAAUAAAUUUUUAUUUUAACACUUGAAUUGUGGUGUUUCUAAUGGUUUUUCAUUUUUAAAUCUAGCCUACAUUAAUAUAAAUUAAUGAAAAUGCUAUUAUGUUCUUUGAAAAAAAAACAUUCAUAUACUAAAGACUUUCAUAAAUACAACCAAAGGAUUGUUUUUCUGAUAGCAUACAUGAAAUGUAUUUAUUAGACUAUUAGAAUGUUGACGUCCAAAAGAGUGGGGUCCCUCGAGGCCAGGCAUUUCUAGUGUUAAACUUCUAUCAUUUAUCACUGAGUCGUGUGAAAAGCAUGGGAUAAAAUAUGUAAAAUGUGUGUGUGUAUACUAAAUUUGUGUGUGUAUAUUGACAAUGUGUGUGUGGGUGACCAGAGUGUGCAUAACUGUUUGUUUGUGUGUGAGUGGCCUGUCUGUCUGUAUGCGUGUGUGUGUGUUCAUGUGUGUAUAACCUGUCCGAAAGUAUGUAUGCAUGUGUCUGUGUGACCCAGAUGUGUGUGUGUGUGUGUGACUGCACUGACCGGUGUGUGUGUGACUGCACUGACCGGUGUGUGUCCCCCGUCCAGGCGGAACAUGCACCAGCUGUCCAGUGGUCUGGAGGAGCCUGGUGAGGUGCGCUGGCCCCUGGCUGGAACUCUGGCCUUGUCCUGGAUCCUGGUCUACUUCUCUAUCUGGAAAGGAGUGGAGUGGACAGGGAAGGUCAGACCUCUUGCUCUUAUUUCUACUCUCUUUCUUUUUUCCUUCUCUCUUUUCUUUCAUGUCUCUUUCUCUCUCUCUUUCCGUCCCUCCUUUCCCAUCUUGGUGCUUUUGUCUUGGUCUCUCUCUUUCUGUCUCAUUAUGUCUGGGUGACUCUGUUUCCAUCUCUCUCUCUGUCUCUGGCACUCAUGGUAUUUCAUGAAAAACUCUCUUCAUCUGGAAGACACAUCAACCACAAUACAAUUGAUAGAAUGGCUAAAUCCAUUUCAGCAUCAUCAUAUACUAUAGUUCAACUCUGAUAUAUGCAGCAGGCCACAGCUACCUUCCAUGACUGUAACCUGGCAACUACAUAUUCUUCUCCGAGGGUAAUUGGAAUUUAAUGUCAACCACACAAAGCAGAAAAUUAAUUCCCCCAAGGCCCUGGCCUUGAUGGAAUUGACCAAUUAAACACAAUCAUUAUUUGACAAAGCGCAAAGCACAGGAGAGGAAGGUGAGGCAGGCGAGCAGGAAUUAAAAUGUUUCAGUCCCUAAUGGUGAAUGUUUCAGUCUGCUCAUGUACCAUUGAGGUUGGAAGUUCACCCUCAAUUGGGAUUUUCAACUACCCACCUUUUCACUCCUCACCAAUGCACCAUGUCUAUGUAGUCCUCUGUAGCUCAGCUGGUAGAGCAUGGCGCUUGUAACGCUAAGGUAGUGGGUUCAAUCCCCGGGACCACCCAUACACAAAAAAAAUAAAAAAUGCAUGCAUGACUGUAAGUCGCUUUGGAUAAAAGCGUCUGCUAAAUGACAUAUUUAUUAUUUAUGUCUGUUCUUCAGGUGGUCUAUUUCUCUGUCCCCUAUCUGUUCUUCAGGUGGUCUAUUUCUCCGCCACGUACCCUUACUUCAUGCUGUUUAUCCUGUUUUUCCGUGGGGUCACUCUCCCUGGGGCCAAGGAGGGCAUCCUCUUCUACAUCACCCCCGACUUCAACAAACUCCUCAAGUCUGAGGUACGGUAGCCCCUAAGGGUCACACACUCACAGACCAUGUGUCUAUGCGCACACUCAAAUGUCAACAGGAAAAAUAAGAAAUGUUUAAUGUCUUGACAUGUGAAAACUGUCCUGUGUAUUUCGAUAUGUCUUUGUGAGUGUGUGUGUAUUUCGGUAUGUCUUUGUGAGUUUGUGUGUAUUUCGGUAUGUCUUUGUGAGUGUGUGUGUAUUUCAGUAUGUCUUUGUGAGUGUGUGUGUAUUUCGGUAUGUCUUUGUGAGUGUGUGUGUAUUUCGGUAUGUCUUUGUGAGUGUGUGUGUAUUUCGGUAUGUCUUUGUGAGUGUGUGUGUAUUUCGGUAUGUCUUUGUGAGUGUGUGUGUAUUUCGGUAUGUCUUUGUGAGUGUGUGUGUAUUUCGGUAUGUCUUUGUGAGUGUGUGUGUAUUUCGGUAUGUCUUUGUGAGUGUGUGUGUAUUUCGGUAUGUCUUUGUGAGUGUGUGUGUAUUUCGGUAUGUCUUUGUGAGUGUGUGUUUAUUUCGGUAUGUCUUUGUGAGUGUGUGUGUAUUUCGGUAUGUCUUUGUGAGUGUAUGUAUUUCGGUAUGUCUUUGUGAGUGUGUGUUUAUUUCGGUAUGUCUUUGUGAGUGUGUGUGUAUUUCGGUAUGUCUUUGUGAGUGUGUGUGUAUUUCAGUAUGUCUUUGUGAGUGUGUGUGUAUUUCGGUAUGUCUUUGUGAGUGUGUGUGUAUUUCAGUAUGUCUUUGUGAGUGUGUGGUGUAUUUCGGUAUGUCUUUGUGAGUGUGUGUGUAUUUCAGUAUGUCUUUGUGAGUGUGUGUGUAUUUCGGUAUGUCUUUGUGAGUGUGUGUGUAUUUCAGUAUGUCUUUGUGAGUGUGUGUGUAUUUCAGUAUGUCUUUGUGAGUGUGUGUGUAUUUCCGUAUGUCUUUGUGAGUGUGUGUGUAUUUCCGUAUGUCUUUGUGAGUGUGUGUGUAUUUCGGUAUGUCUUUGUGAGUGUGUGUGUAUUUCGGUAUGUCUUUGUGAGUGUGUGUGUAUUUCAGUAUGUCUUUGUGAGUGUGUGUGUAUUUCGGUAUGUCUUUGUGAGUGUGUGUGUAUUUCAGUAUGUCUUUGUGAGUGUGUGUGUAUUUCGGUAUGUCUUUGUGAGUGUGUGUGUAUUUCAGUAUGUCUUUGUGAGUGUGUGUGUAUUUCGGUAUGUCUUUGUGAGUGUGUGUGUAUUUCCGUAUGUCUUUGUGAGUGUGUGUGUAUUUCGGUAUGUCUUUGUGAGUGUGUGUGUAUUUCGGUAUGUCUUUGUGAGUGUGUGUGUAUUUCGGUAUGUCUUUGUGAGUGUGUGUGUAUUUCGGUAUGUCUUUGUGAGUGUGUGUGUGUUUUUGUCUGACUACUCUCCCAGGUGUGGCUGGACGCUGCCACUCAGAUCUUCUUCUCCUAUGGACUGGGUCUGGGUUCGCUCAUCGCCUUGGGAAGUUACAACUCCUUCAACAACGAUGUGUACAGGUAAGAAACCCCCACAGCCUCUCCUUUAUGCCUUAUGCCCCUGUUAGUGACCCACUGGUUUCAAACCUGGGUCUCCUGUCAUGUGUGCAUCAAGACUGUUAGCCCUCUGAGCUAAAGCCUGUGCAUUUUCUCAGGGAGCUAACGCACAUCUUCAGGUAAGGCUCAUCAAACGACUUCUGUUACAUGUUAAAAACCUAGAUGAUGGAACCCAGUGGCGGCUGGUGAAAAAUAUUCUCGGUGGGGCUGUGCCAUACUUUUUUUUUCCUGUAACCAUCGCAAUAUAUUUUAACACAAACUGCAGGACAGCAGUGCUCAGUGAAACAUUCAGUAAUUAUUUAAUGCCAAUAUUAAAAAGUUGAGGCAUUCUUACACAAAAACAUAUUACACAAACCCAAGCCUUUCAUUUGCAUUUAAAGUGAACUUUUCACCAUUGGUAGUAAACAGGCAACGCAACAGGCAUGCUGUCAGAACAGAGUGGAAAGUGGACAAUAACAUGAAAUUAUUAUAAAGUUUAUAGGAAAUCUUACACUGUAUAAAAGGAUGUAUAAUAUAGAAAUGGAUAUCAAGUGGAUGAACUCAAACCUCUGACUGGAAGAAUAGCAUACAGUAUUUUAUGAUCAUACUAAAUGUGACUAAUUGUUAAUGUGCUCCAGAACUGCAACAAUUAAUUGAUACAAAACAACAUAUAUACAGUAAUAUUAGCAAAGACACUAUUAAGACUUUCUAGAGUACCAUAUAUAACUGGAUUUUUUAUGCUAAGGUCAACUAUAUACAAAGAAACAUGCGGCCAGAGCUGCUCUGUGUGUGUGUGUCUGUCAUCUUAUUUGUACAGGAAUUUUGCCCGUCUGUCCUUCUGAGUGGCAAACUUCUCAAUGACCCUUUGAUUAAAGUCAGGAAUGUCCCUGACAAGUUUCUUCUCCAUGGAGAGCAUGGCCAGAGCGUUCAGGCGAUCCUGUGUCAUGCUGUUUCUCAGGAAGGUCUUGAUCCUUUUCAGUGUAGAGAAGCACCUUUCUGACUCAGCAGUUGUCAUGGGUGUGGUGAUGAGGAUCUUGAGGAGGCUGGCAGUCUCUGUGAAAGUCCUCUGAAGGUUGUUCUCCAUGAAGAACUGGUACAGGGGCACUGCACCACUACAAGCCUUGAACUCACUGUUCUCAUAGAUGAGGGACAGUUCGGUUUUGAGCUUGGCCUUGUUCAACAUGGGGUACGCCUCCACGGUUGUUUCAAGCGCUGUAUCGGGGAACUUCACACUGUGUUGUGGGAACAACUCUCCGUGCAACAGUGUUGCGCUGAUGAGGUGCUGGGUGAAGGAGAACCUCUCUUUGGCAUGACUCAGGAUGGUAUCACAUACCUGUAAAAGAUACAUCAUCAGCUUUAAUUUGCAAUUAAGCUAUUUUGAUGCAAGUGAUCCUGACUGACACAUGCCUAUGUCCAACUCAAGUAUAUGAUUACCAAGGUGCUGAUUGUUCAGGGUUUUGGCUACAUACUACCAGGCCUGAAAAAAGUUCUAGGGGGAAACACUGAAAAUUACAUCACAACUUACCUCUAUAGCCAACCUCUGUUGUUCUCCUGGUCCCAGCAUCCUCCGUCGCUUGAUGGGCUGUUGCUGCUCGUCAGAUGCGCUGUCCCCACACAAAGAGGGAAUUGAGGCCCUGGGUCCAAAAAAUAAAGUUUAAUUUGAUAACUUGCAAUCAGACUUCUUAACUCACUGUAAUUCCCCCUCAACACACAACCAGUGACUUUUAUAUAUAUAUAUAUAUAUAUAUAUAUAUAUAUAUAUAUAUAUAUAUAUAUAUAUAUAGACAGACAGACAGACAGAUAGUGUGUAUAUACACACAAACUAUGUCUAGUAACUGCUUUUAACCUGUGAUGUACAUAAUUAACUGAUGUUAUUACGUUUUAAAGCCUUUUUCUAUUACAUUUGUGAGAGGGAUGCAACAUCAUUUUGUUCUGCUGUGCACUUAGCAAUAAAGUUAAUCUUCAAUAACAACUAGGCCUCUUCUAGAAAUUGACCUGGUGGACACCUGAAUAAUUAUUACAAACUGUGUAGUACUUUCCUGCAUUAUUAUCAACGUCUGAUUGUGUCUUCUCUUUCCUUUUAAAAUACUAAAACAAAUAUAAUUGUGACGGCUCUAUGAUAAUCACUCACUUUGAUGACCAGACACAUUUAGGCUUUUAAACUGUUGUAAGUGAACUAUUCAUCUUUCUAACAACAUCUUUAUCAGCCAAUGGUAAAUAUAGUUAUUUACCUGAUUGUUAGCAUGCUGUCUGUGAACCUCUGGACAAGUGCUUUAAUGAAGACAGGGUCGAUGUUCCUCUUCUGCAGCUGGCUGAAAAGCAUGUCCACAUUUGGCAUGAUCUUGUGGAACAGUGCCAGGAAAAAAACAGAAAGCCUCGUCUUCGAGCAUCCUCACAAAGCCCCCCGCCUCUCUGACAGUCGGGGCAUCAAUGUUCCCAGAGUCUCUGAUGGUCUGGAAACACGUUAGGAGGUCAUCCCUGUACUCGUACACAGUGUUUACAGCGCGACUGUGGAAGUUCCACCGUGUUGUAGAGGCUCUGGGGAGUCUAUGCGCAACCACUUCGUCAAGCACGGUGGUUCGCUUGGGAGACCUGGAGAAGAAAGCAGAAAAUCCUGCAAGGUCGGAAAAGAAAGUGCUGAUCCUGGGGAUGCGUGAAGUAGCCUGCUGCAUGAUGAGGUUCAGCUGAUGUGCAUAGCAGUGGACGUAGUGCGCAUUUUCGUACACAUCCACUAUUUUACGCUGCACUCCGCCGGUGGCUCCCCUCAUCACACUUGCUCCGUCGUAAGCCUGGGCAAUAAGUUUGGCCUUUUGUCCAUGUGAGAGUAUGGUGCUGAGCCUCUCCAGCAGCGCUGUAGCGAUGGUGUCGGCGGUUGCGUUCUCGAUCAAAAUGAACUCGAAAAAACGCUCUUGGACGUUACUUUUAGCAUCGAUGUAGCGUAUCACAAGCACCAACUGGCAGUGGGUGGAAACGUCAGUCGUCUCGUCAGCUUGAAUGGCGAUAAAAUCAGCACUCUUUACUUCCUCCAGGAUGUAAUCCUUAAGCACUGACAGCAUACAGUCCAACAGCUCGUUCUGUAUCGUCUUUGAAGUGCCCUUAAAAACGGUAGCUGUCUUCAGGUGCUCCUCCAGCACACUGUCGAGGGAGGCAACAAAAUCCACUAAGCCCCGGAAAAUGCCGGGGUUGUCCGAGGAGUCAGUCUCCUCGUGCCCACGCAAGGCCAACUCAAAAGCCCCACAGAACUUCACACAAUCGAUAAUUUUGGAUAGAAUGUGCCUGUUUUUAUCCACCUCCUCAUUGUGUUUCCUCACCGCAAUCCUGUGGCCGUCAUCCAGCUGCGUAGCAAUGUUCACCCUUCCUAAUACAGCUAGCUUUACAGAGUUGUCCAUGUGUGCCCUGGUGUUCUCAUGUUUCUUUACCUUCUCUGACAGGUGCUUCAUAUCCCUCACUCCGGUACCUGUCCAUGCUGAAUCUGACCCCGUCGUUUUAAAAAGCAAGCACGGAAAGCAAAAUAAAGCAUUAGCAUCAGUGCACCCAGCUAGCCAAGCCUUCCUGGUGUACCAGCUACGGGAGAAGCCGCGCAUAUACUGCUUCCCUUUCUCGCUAGCCUGCUGUCUGAUUGAGAGGUCAGGUUGAUCUGGGCCCAGCUCUUUCACCCGAACUUUCUCUGACAAAGUUCUCCUCUCAAACGGAUCUUGGAGGAGAGAUUUCACCGAGUUAGGGUUGGGUCUUGGAGGAGUAACGUUUGCGCUCGCCAUUGUCGUCUAGUAAAAAUGGCGCCACUGGAGCCCGGUCCUUAUUUUAUCAGGGGCGAGCUUGGGGCGAUAAAAUAAUCGCCCUCCUUGGAUUCGAUUUAAGAUCGCUGAUUGGCUACAUUUUAUGUCAUACAUUCAUAUCUUAAAUUAGCAAUUGGCUUAACUGCUACGUAGACCCGCCUCCUCGGGGCACUUUCUGUAUCGCCCAGAGCUGACGAGGCGUUUGACAGGCAGAGGAAAGGUUGCGAAUAUGAUUUUCUAUCAUAUCUUACACAUAUUACUGUGUGCAUUCCAUAUUUCAAACACACACAUAUUGACAUACUGAUGUUUUUAUUAUUAUUAUUAUUAUUUUUAUUUAUUUUUUAUUUUAUUUUUUUAAAUAAUUUUAUUUAAGGGGGCGGGGCCCUAGCGCCCUCUAUCGGCCAGCCGCCACUGAUGGAACCAUUCUAUUUGCUUUGAUUCUAUACUUCUGAGUUCCACUCCAUCGUUCCUCUCCCUUUCAUUUGUUCUAUCCUUUUCUUGUUAUUGUCUUCCGUGGUGUUCCAUUAUGGUGUCCUGUCUCCUUACCAAUACCAAACAUGGGUUGUGUUUUUCUCUCCUGUCAGGGACUCCCUCAUCGUGUGCUGUAUAAACUCCUUCACUAGCAUGUUUGCGGGCUUCGUCAUCUUCUCCAUUGUGGGCUUCAUGUCGUACAUCACCAAGAAGCCUGUCCAGGAGCUAGCUGCCUCAGGUACAGUACAGUUAACUCACCCUACUGCAGCAUUCACUGUUAUUCACAUCAGAGUCAGCUGUUCCUGAUUAACACUAUAGAGUCAAACCGAGCUGUACUACCCUGGUCUAAUUACUCAUCCAACAUAGUUGCUGGAACAGUGCUGGAAAGGACAAUGUCAAAAUAAAAUAUAAUAAAAUAUAAAGGAUGUUCAGACUCUACAGCAGGGGUGUCAAACUCAUUCCACAGAGGGCCGAGUGUCUGCGGGUUUUUGGUAUUUCCUUUCAAUUAAGACCUAGACAACCAGGUGAGGGGAGGUCUUCACAAAUUAGUGACCUUAAUUCAUCAAUCAAGGGAGGAGCAAAAGCCCGCAGACACUCGGCUCUCCGUGGAAUGAGUUUGACACCUUCCUAUAGUGUCAAUCUAGCACUGGGUAUCUUCUUCUUGAUACAGUAAAAGUAAUUAAUUGAUUAAUGCCACUGAUUGGCCACAGACUCCAAUCACCUUUUGCCUGAGGGUCUGAAUAAGUCCCUGAUUAGAGGGGAAGAAUGAAAAUCAGCAGCACUUCUUCUGACAUAUGAGAAAAGGGAUCAUAGUGCUCCUAAUCAACUCAUCAAUUAAAAAAGGAAGCCAAGUAUAGUAUUGGUUUCUUAGAUGCAUGUAAGAUACAAUAAAGGACUGAAGUUAUAUCACUUUGUCAGGAACAUCAAAAUAUAAGCUUUUAUUCAACAGAAGAGAUUUCAUAUGGUACAAUAAUUAUCAUGGUGUGCAGUACUGUGUCCAUUUGAGUGUGAGUAUGCACUGUGGGCUGAGGCUCACUGAUGUACUGUUAUGUGUAACUCUAGGCCCAGACUUAGCUCACUGUGUUUGGGGUGGUGUGUAACUCUAGACCCAGACUUAGCUCACUGUGUUUGGGGUGGUGUCUAACUCUAGGCCCAGGCUUGGCGUUCUUGGCUUAUCCCCAGGCCGUGACUCAGCUGCCCAUGUCCUCCCUGUGGGCCAUCCUGUUCUUCUCCAUGCUGAUGAUGCUGGGGCUGGACAGCCAGGUGAGGAUCCCACCUAGAGUCACGUGACUCCCAGAUAACUACCAAGGGAAGAGAGGUGUUAGUGGUGGGAACCAGACAGACAACAGACAAGCCAACAUUGCAAUUCCUUACAGUAGAACAAAGAGAAUAACAGAACGGCUGGUGGACAUGUGACAAGUGGCUUGUUGCUACCGAGUAGAUGUUGCAUAGAAUUCCCACAGUUAUUUCAAUUUUCAACGGAAUGCACAAAAAGUGAGUGUCCAGGUGACCCUGCAGAAGCUAGCUCGCCUGUUAGAGGUCUCUGGUGCAAGACCUGAGUGAACCAACGUGUGUGUGUGUGUGUUAACCUGUGUGCUCUGCCUGUAGUUCUGUACUGUGGAGGGCUUCAUCACAGCUCUGAUGGAUGAGUUCCCCAUGGUGCUGAGGAAGAGGAAGAAGGUCUUCAUCCUUGGCGUCUGUCUAAUGUCCUUCCUCAUCGGCUUCUCCAACAUCACACAGGUAACACAGUGUGUGUGUGUGUGUGUGUGUGUGAAUGUGUGUGUGGAUUGUGUGUGUGGAUGUACUGUUUGUUUAGGGUUAGCGUUUGUGUGAGAGAAUGUGUUUAUGCGUCUUUGUGUGUAUAUUUGUGUGUGUAUGAGGGCAUGCCCGUGUGUGUGUGUGUUUAGCCUUUUAACAAGCCUCUAUGGCUGCGAUGCUUCCCCAGGGUGGUCUGUACGUCUUCAAGCUGUUUGAUUACUAUUCUGCCAGCGGGAUGUGCCUCCUCUUCCUUGUCUUCUUCGAAACCGUCUCCAUUUCCUGGUUCUAUGGUAGGACACUGUCAGCUUCUAUACCAUUAGGAGAAUAUAGGAUCUAUAUUCUGCACUUUUCUUAUUUUCUACAUACAUACAUCCCGUUUAAACACUAUCCAUUUGUACUGCUACAGUUAAUAAUAACAAUACAUUUUAUUUUAAGUGAUUUUCACGACCCCCAAAGUCUCUUUACAAGAAGAUCAGCAGGAUAGAAAGUAAUAAAAUCACAUAUUAAAAUAAGUAAGUAUAAAAGUACACUAAACAUAAUGACAGACUGACUAGGGAGAACACUAAACAUGAUGACAGACUAACCUGGGAGAACACUAAACAUGAUGACAGACUAACCAGGGAGAACACUAAACAUGAUGACAGACUGACCAUGGAGAACACUAAACAUGAUGACAGACUGACCAGGGAGAACACUAAACAUGAUGACAGACUGACCAGGGAGAACACUAAACAUAAUGACAGACUGACUAGGGAGAACACUAAACAUGAUGACAGACUAACCAAGGAGAACACUAAACAUGAUGACAGACUAACCAGGGAGAACACUAAACAUGAUGACAGACUAACCAGGGAGAACACUAAACAUGAUGACAGACUGACCAUGGAGAACACUAAACAUGAUGACAGACUGACCAGGGAGAACACUAAACAUGAUGACAGACUGACCAGGGAGAACACUAAACAUGAUGACAGACUGACCAGGGAGAACACUAAACAUGAUGACAGACUGACCAUGGAGAACACUAAACAUGAUGACAGACUGACCAUGGAGAACACUAAACAUGAUGACAGACUGACCAGGGAGAACACUAAACAUGAUGACAGACUAACCAGGGAGAACACUAAACAUGAUGACAGACUGACCAGGGAGAUCACUAAACAUGAUGACAGACUGACCAGGGAGAACACUAACCAUGAUGACAGACUGACCAGGGAGAACACUAAACAUGAUGACAGACUAACCAGGGAGAACACUAAACAUGAUGACAGACUAACCAUGGAGAACACUAAACAUGAUGACAGACUGACCAUGGAGAACACUAAACAUGAUGACAGACUGACCAUGGAGAACACUAAACAUGAUGACAGACUGACCAGGGAGAACACUAAACAUGAUGACAGACUAACCAGGGAGAACACUAAACAUGAUGACAGACUGACCAGGGAGAACACUAAACAUGAUGACAUACUGACCAGGGAGAACACUAAACAUGAUGACAGACUAACCAGGGAGAACACUAAACAUGAUGACAGACUAACCAUGGAGAACACUAAACAUGAUGACAGACUGACCAUGGAGAACACUAAACAUGAUGACAGACUAACCAGGGAGAACACUAAACAUGAUGACAGACUGACCAGAGAGAACACUAAACAUGAUGACAGACUAACCAUGGAGAACACUAAACAUGAUGACAGACUAACCAUGGAGAACACUAAACAUGAUGACAGACUAACCAUGGAGAACACUAAACAUUAUGACAGACUAACCAUGGAGAACACUAAACAUGAUGACAGAUUAACCAUGGAGAACACUAAACAUGAUGACAGACUGACCAGGGAGAACACUAAACAUGAUGACAGACUGACCAGGGAGAACACUAAACAUGAUGACAGACUGACCAUGGAGAACACUAAACAUGAUGACAGACUAACCAGGGAGAACACUAAACAUGAUGACAGACUGACCAGGGAGAACACUAAACAUGAUGACAGACUGACCAGAGAGAACAAUAAACAUGAUGACAGACUAACCAUGGAGAACACUAAACAUGAUGACAGACUAACCAUGGAGAACACUAAACAUGAUGACAGACUAACCAUGGAGAACACUAAACAUUAUGACAGACUAACCAUGGAGAACACUAAACAUGAUGACAGACUGACCAUGGAGAACACUAAACAUGAUGACAGAUUAACCAUGGAGAACACUAAACAUGAUGACAGACUGACCAGGGAGAACACUAAACAUGAUGACAGUCUGACCAGGGAGAACACUAAACAUGAUGACAGACUGACCAGGUAGAACACUAAACAUGAUGACAGACUGACCAUGGAGAACACUAAACAUGAUGACAGACUGACCAGGGAGAACACUAAACAUGAUGACAGACUGACAAGGGAGAACACUAAACAUAAGAACAGACUAACCAUGGAGAACACUAAACAUGAUGACAGACUAACCAUGGAGAACACUAAACAUGAUGACAGACUGACCAGGGAGAACACUAAACAUGAUGACAGACUGACCAGGGAGAACACUAAACAUGAUGACAGACUAAACAUGGAGAACACUAAACAUGAUGACGGAAAGACCAUGGAGAACACUAAACAUAAGAACAGACUGACCAGGGAGAACACUAAACAUGAUGACAGACUGACCAGGGAGAACACUAAACAUGAUGACAGACUAACCAUGGAGAACACUAAACAUGAUGACAGACUGACCAGGGAGAACACUAAACAUGAUGACAGACUGACCAGGGAGAACACUAAACAUGAUGACAGACUGACCAGGGAGUACACUAAACAUGAUGACAGACUAACCAGGGAGAACACUAAACAUGAUGACAGACUGACCAGGGAGAACACUAAACAUGAUGACAGACUGACCAGGGAGAACACUAAACAUGAUGACAGACUAACCAUGGAGAACACUAAACAUGAUGACAGACUGACCAGGGAGAACACUAAACAUGAUGACAGACUGACCAGGGAGAACACUAAACAUGAUGACAGACUGACCAUGGAGAACACUAAACAUGAUGACAGACUAACCAGGGAGAACACUAAACAUGAUGACAGACUGACCAGGGAGAACACUAAACAUGAUGACAGACUAACCAUGGAGAACACUAAACAUGAUGACAGACUAACCAGGGAGAACACUAAACAUGAUGACAGACUGACCAGGGAGAACACUAAACAUGAUGACAGACUAACCAGGAAAGUGAACUAGACGGAGGAUAAAAGCUAAGACAACAGAGAAUCUGGGUAAGCCUGUGUGAAGAGGUGUGUCUUUAGUUUGGACUAGAAUAUGUGUAUGGAUUGUGAGGUUCUGACAUGGAGAGGGAGGGAGUUCCAGAGUUGGAGAGCUGCACUGCUAAAAGCCGGGUCUCCCAUGGAGCGGAGCCUGGCGUGAGAGAUGGUGAUGAGGCCAGUGUCAGAGGAGCCAGGUGGGAGUGUAAGGGUGCAGGAGGUCAGUAAGGUAUGUGGGCGCCAGUCCAUUGAGUGCCUUUAUAGGUGAGCAUGAGCAAUUUAAAGAUGAUCCUGUAUUGAACUAGGAGCCAGUGGAGUUUGAUGAGGGUGGGGGUGAUGUGGUCCCCAAGGUCUGGUGUGUGUGAGGACUCAGUUGAAGUUUGAAUAUGUUGAAACUGGGUCAAUCCACAGGGUUAGUGGAAAAUAAUAAAGGAAAAUGUCUUUAUCAAAUAUAUUUUCCUUAAUUAUUUUCCACUAAACCUGUGGAUUGACCCAGUUUCUUGAUGAGGGAGUUGGGGCCCAUGAGCAUGAUCUCAGUUUUGUUGUAAUUUAGUUUUAAAAAGUUAUUGCUCAUCCAAGUUUUCACUUCACGGAGACAAUCAACAACAGCUGGCAUUAUAAAGUCAAUGCAGGUUAACUACCGAGCUAACUCGAAAUCACAUCAACAGUCCCACUUGGGAUAUAGCCUACAGAUAACUUUUGGGCUGUCUUGACAUAUAACCUUUAAACCGUCACCUUGUGUAGUUUGUUCAAUGCACUCUCCCUCUCUCUCUCUCUCUCUCUCUCUCUCUCUCUCUCUCUCUCUCUCUCUCUCCUCUCUCUCUCUCUCUCUCUCUCUCUCUCUCUCUCUCUCUCUUAGGAGCUGAUAAGUUCUAUGGGGACAUUGAAGAGAUGAUCGGCUAUCGGCCCUGUGGCUGGUGGAAGCUCUGCUGGAAGUUCUUCACUCCGGCAAUCUGCCUGGUAACUGCCAUUUCCAUUCAGGCUUCUCAUUGGUUGUCAAUGUGUUUAAAUCCCCAGGGAAAUCAAACACUGGUUGCGUCCCAAAUGGCAUCCGAUUUCCUAUAUAGUGCAUUAUGUAUUUAUUUUUUUCCAGCUUCCAGGAAUUGUGAAUAGAUCCUUGCGACAUGGGGCUGUGCAUUAUCAUGCUGAAACAUGAAGUGAUGACGGCUGAUGAAUUGCAUGACAAUGGGCCUCAGGAUAUCGGUAUCUCUGUGCAUUCAAAUUGCCAUAGACAAAAUGCAAUUGUGUUCGUUGCCCGUAGCUUAUGCCUGCCCAUACCAUAACCACACCGCCACCAUGGGGCACUCUGUUCACAACGUUGACAUCAGCAAACCGCUCGCCCACACGACGCCAUACACGUGGUCUGCGGUUGUGAGGCCGUUUGGACAAAUUCUCUAAAACGACAUUGGUAGAGAAAUUACCAUUCAAUUAUCUGGCAACAGCUCUGAUGGACAUUCCUGUAGCCAGCAUGCCAAUUGCAGGCUCCCUUAAAACUUGAGACAUCUGUGGCAUUGUGUUGUGUGACAAAACUGCAAAAUUUAGAGUGGCCAUUUAUUGUCCUAUCUGGCCGGCUUGUCUUAUCUGGCCAGCCGUUGUACUUGUCCUAUCUGGUUGACUUGUCCUAUCAGACUGACUUGGCCAUCCUGGCCAGCCGGCCAGAUCGGCUUGUCCUAUCUCGUCGGCCGGGGUUGGGAGAUCUGGUAUACAUCUGCGAUGUAGUUGGCCUGGAGCGUCACCUAUUUUAAUGUGAGGUAAAUGUUUCUGUGUGUGCAGGGAGUGUUUACCUUCAGUGCCAUUGAGAUGACCCCCCUGACAUUGGGGAAGUACGUGUACCCGGCAUGGGGGCAGGGGAUUGGCUGGGUCAUGUCUCUGUCAUCCAUGGUUCUGGUGCCGGGCUAUGUCAUCUACAUGUUCUGCACCUCCAAGGGCAGUAUCAAACAGGUACACAGUCAACCAGCAGAUCCCACAUUGCUCCAUAUCCUUCCCCUUUGGCCCUAACCCCUCAAUAAUAGCAUGUCUGUAGGGUCUGGAUAGGUAGAUGCUUGCACCAUAUUGCUUCCACUAUACAGAUCUACAAAUAUCGAGAGUUGGGGCUAAGGGGAAGGGGUAGAGAGAGAUUGGGGACUGGCUAGACAUCUCUAUCUCUCUCAGUUGCUCUCUCCUUCCGUUUUCUUUAUUUUUUCUAUCUCCCUCUAUGACUCUCUCUCUCUGUCCCCCCUCUCUCUCUCUCUCCCUCUCUGCCCCCCCCCUCUCUCUCACUCUCUCUCUGCCCCCCCUCUCUCUGUCCCCCCCUAUCUCUGUGUCCCAUUUCACUCACUCUCUCUCUCUGUCCCCUCACUCUCUCUAUGUCCUCUUACUCUGUCUCUCUCUCUGUCCCCUCACUCACUCACUCUCUCUCUCUCUCUCCCCUCACUCACUCAAUCUCAGUCUCUGAUCACUGACUAAGUAGACUGACUGAUCUACAAAUCACCUUGUAUCCUUAAUAACUUUUCAUUAUGAUUUGUAGAUCAGUCAGUCUGCUUAGUCAGUGAUCAGCUACUGAGUAGAAUCUCAAACACGACUUUCAUCUCUGUAUACACCUCUUCUCUCUCCGUUUUUCCCCUCAACCCACCUCUUUCACACAUGAGAAGAAUAAAUAAAUUGCCUUAGCUAUGAAACGUCAUUUAUCAAACAACAGCCCCAUUAUAAUGGAAAAGAUCACCUUUAUGCUGUAGUCAAAAGCAGACCUGCGUUCAAAUGGCAUUUGUGCAUGAUUGAGAUUGCCUGGCACAAUAAACCAAUAGAAUAGUCCCAAAAGAUGGGCAAACACUACCCAACUGGAAUUCCAGGUGGGCUCAAACAAACCCUCAACAUAUUUUAAAGAUUUCAAAGGCUAUUUGAAUCCAGGUCUGGUUGAAAGUAUUAUGAGAAAUCACCUUUAAACUGUAGUUGAAAGUAUCCCUCAUUGCUGGUUCCCUGUCUGUCCUGAACAGCGUUGGCACAAGAUGACCACCAGCGCACCUUGGGAACAUGCUGCCGUCACACACCAGAAUUCACACACAGGAAGUGUGGGCGAAGCCGCCGUCUAACUGGGAAUAGGAUACAGUUGACCCCUGGGCACUGAUCUAAGGUCAGUUUAGUGUCUCCCUACUAAUGGUUAAGAUUAGGAUUUUUGGGAGUGUAAACUGAUCCUAGAUCUGUGCCUACCGGCAACUUCCACCCAGAAUUCCUGAAUGCGCCAGACACCUAGUCAACACAGGGGGUGUAUUCACUAGGAACCAAACUAACCAAACGGAACCCAACAGAAGCAAACAGACCGAAACGGGGAGUGACCUACCUGAAUUUGUCCAAUAGAAACUAAUGUUUCCGUUAGGAGUAAACGAUUUCUGUUGCGAAACAUUUCGCAACUAUUUGCUACGGUCUUGCUCUAAUGAAUACACCCCAGUAUUCAGACAGAGAAAGGCAUCAUGGGAGAUGCCCUGGCCAAAAUGCGUCCAUUCCAUAUGUAUCCUCUGGAACUGAAUGGUCACAUAAUAUAAUGGCCUAUAUUAUUGAACAAUACAAUGUUUUUUUCUUAUAUUGUACGCCGCUGUAUACAAUUAAUAAGGUGACACCUACUUCUUCAAACAACGAUCUAUACAAAGUCAUUGUGGCCCACUUCGGCUUACGAACAAAUACAAAGCAUUUUAUAAAGUAUCUGAAUACAUUGAAAAAUAUAAUUUUUAUUUUAAUGUUUUAUGUCUGUUUCUUCUAUGAUGCAGUAUACGGUACAUAUUCAUUAGAGGUAACAUUCACCAGUUUAGCGUUUAAUGUAACAGUUAUAAUAACAGUUCGUACUAUAAAUAACGGUUUGUACAAUAUAUUAAACAUCUCUUAAAUGUUUAUAACUGGCCCUUACAUUAAGAUACUGUAUGUUUGUUUGUAUGUACAGUUUUCAACUGUAAAUAUUAUUCUGUGAGUCCAAAUGGUGUUAUAGUGAAUGAAAUGAAACAAAACGUGUUCAAUAAUGUACUGUAUGAAGUAGCCCUAUAUAAAGGUACAAGCCAUGAAUUUAAAAAAAAAAAAUUUCUCAUCGCUAAAAUUGUACUAUGAGAAGGGAUUUGGUUGGGUAUUGCUCUGUUUCUUUCAGUUCAAUAAAAGCAAACAAAACCACACACACAAAUAUAUUUAAUUUAGUGUCAACUCUUUUAUGCUAGCCUCCCUUUUCACAGAUAGGCCUGCUGUUUACCGUCUCUCACAACACAAAAGGUUCAAUACACAUGAACUUGAAUAAUCUCUACAAAUGGAACAGACAUGCACUCAGAGGAGAGUUGUUUAUCUCUCCUCUGUUUAUCUGUUGCAUUGUGAGAGCCAUUUAGUGUUUUUAUAUAACUAGCAUAUAAGUCAGGCAGCCACAAUAGCCAAAAUACUGCAGAGAGCGCUGAUAUUUCCUUCCCAGUACUGCUGAAACAUGGGACACAGUUUGGGACACAAAAAACAAGGGACACAGUGGGAGAAGCCACUCGUUACUAUCUAUGAGUAGGGCCAGGAGUUACUCCUCACCUAACCUGACCAGAAUAAACUACCCACUGGGCACAUACGUCAAUUCAAUGUUUAUUCCACAUUGGUUCAACGUAAUUUCAUUAAAAUGAUGUGCAAACAAUGUUGAUUCAACUAGUGUGUGCCCAGUGGGUAUUGGCACUAGUUAUAGGCUAUGUAGGCUAUAUACUAACUAGUAAUAACUUGGGUCCAAUGGUAAUGGCGCCGGAGGGGGUGGCUGCCGUUUUAUGGACUCUUAACCAACCGUGCUAUUUUGUGUGUUUUUUCGCAUUGUUUGUAAGUUAUUUUGUAUAUAAUGUUGCUACUACCAUCUCUUAUGACCGAAAAUAGCUUCUGGACAUCAGAACAGCGAUUACUGACCUUGAACUGGACAAAUCAUUUGUAUUUAAUGACUCGGACGAGAGGGACUUGCUCCAGACACCCGACAGGGCCCUCAUCCCCGUCAUUCGCAGUAGAAAGAAAAGGAGAUAUUGCGGAAGGAGAUUGGGGUGCCUGGUAAGGAGCCGGCAACGAGUGGCUAAUCUGCCUUUGCCAUCGAUACUAUUUUAUUUUUAUUUUUUAUUUUUUUAAGGGGGUAGAUCAGCUUAAUAUUGCAGAUAGAUUGUAACUUCCAUCAAUGUAAUUGUCUGCAUCACUUCCAAUCCCCCAUGUUUUUUAUAUAUAUACUCUCUAUUACUUUUCAACCCCGCCAUCCUUUCCCUACUUGGGGUAAAUUAGUGAACAACAAUGCUUAGGCCUCUACUUCCAGCUUAUACUUACUAUCUACAUUUUAUGGACACAGUCAAUUUUACAAUAAUUAUAUUUUGUCCAUCGAUACUAUUGGCCAACUUACAAUCGCUUGAUAAUAAAGUGGACAAACUACAAGCAUAUAUAUCCUACCAAUGGGACAUUAAAAACUGUAAUAUCUUAUGUUUCACAGAGUCGUGGCUGAACGAAGACAUGAAUAACAUACAGCUGUCGGGUUAUACACUGUAUCGGCAGGAUAGAACAGCAGCCUCUGGUAAGACAAGGGGUGGCGGUCUAUGUAUAUUUGUAAACAACAGCUGGUGCACGAUAUCUAAGGAAAUCUCAAGGUUUUGCUCGCCUGAGGUAGUGUAUCUCAUGAUAAGCUGUAAACCACACUAUCUACCAAGAGAGUUUUCUCCCAUAUAUCAAUAUUCUUCGUAGCUGUCUAUUUACCACCACAAACCGAUGCUGGCACUAAGACCGCACUCAAUUACCUGUAUACGGCCAUAAGCAAACAGGAAAACGCUCAUCCAGAGGCGGUGCUCCUAGUGGCCGGGGACUUUAAUGCAGGGAAACUUACAUCCGUUUAACCUCAUUUCUACCAGCAUGUUAAAUGUGCAACUAGAGGGAAAAAAACUCUAGACCACCUUUACUCCACACACAGAGACGUGUACAAAGCUCUCCCUCGCCCUCCAUUUGGCAAAUCUGACAAUAAUUCUAUCCUCCUGAUUCCUGCAUACAAGCAAAAAUCCUGCUACGCCCUCCGAUGAACCAUCAAACAGGCAAAGAGUCAAUACAGGACUAAGAUUGAAUCGUACUACACCGCCUCCGACGCUCGUCGGAUGUGGCAGGGCUUGUAAACUAUUACAGACUACAAAGGGAAGCACAGCUGCGAGCUGCCCAGUGACACGAGCCUACCAGACAAGCUAAAUUACUUCUAUGCUCGCUUCGAGGCAAGUAACACUGAAACAUGCAUGAGAGCAUCAGCUGUUCUGGACGACUGUGUGAUCACACUCUCCAUAGCCGAUGUGAGUAAGACCUUUAAACAGGUCAACAUUCACAAGGCCGGAAGGCCAGACGGAUUACCAGGACGUGUACUCCGAGCAUGCGCUGACCAACUGGCAAGUGUCUUCACUGACAUUUUCAACCUCUCCCUGUCUGAGUCUGUAAUACCAACAUGUUUCAAGCAGACCACCAUAGUCCCUGUGCCCAAGAACACUAAGGUAACCUGCCUAAAUGGCUACCGACCCGUAGCAGUCACGUCUGUAGCCAUGAAGUGCUUUGAAAGGCUGGUCAUGGCUCACAUCAACACAAUUAUCCCAGAAACCUUAGACCAACUCUAAUUUGUAUUUUUUUUGUGUGUUUUUUUGUGUAUUCUUUCUUUCUUAAAACUGCAUUGUUGGUUAAGAGCUUGUAAGUAACCUGUUGUAUUCGGCGCAUGUGACAAAUACAAUUUAAUUUGAUUAGAUUUUCCUGGUCAGGUCAUGUCGUCAGCAAAACCACUCAGCCUCAACUAGUGAACUGGAGGUUUAUUUUACAGUACUAGAACAUGUUGUGUACUAUAGUCACUCACAUACAGUUGAAUAGAACGUUGUGUGUAGUAUACCUACUCACAUAUCGCGCCAGCUGAGGAAACUCAAACUAUCUCGGACAAUUCUGGUUCGGUUCACAUCCAUCAUCCUCACAUCUUCUAUCCCGUCUGGUUUGGGUCUGUGUCUGCCCACUGCACGCGCAAACUGCAGCGCAUCGGAGAAGAUCAUCGUUUGUCACCUGCUAUCCAUCAAGAACCUGCACGCCUUCAGGACAAGGAAGAGUGCAGGUAAGAUCAUUGCCAACCCUGCCCGCCCUGGACACCCCAUCUUUCAAAGACUCCCCUCUGGCAGACGGUUUAGGUCAGUCAUGACCAAAACCGCCGCCCACCAGAACAGUUUCUUCCCCCAUGCUGUGGCCCUCACUAACUGGCCAUCGGGCUCAGAGUGAUUAAGUGACGUUGCAUUGGGCCGAUUACUGCACUUUGUCAUCCUUGACCUCAAAAUACUAAUCUGCACUAUACUGCAUUUGAACUAUGCACACCUCUGCACAGCACGGUAAAUGCACAGUAUAUAUUCACCACGGCAGCAUCCCUCCCUCUGCUUAUAUAGAUAUAUCCCCUCUGUAAAUGGUAUAUUCCCAAUGUAAUCAGCCUAUACUGCAGAGUUUUAGGUUUACUGUUCCGAUAUUGUAUAUUCUGUAUGAUGUCUAUGUGAUCUUGUGUCUGUAUUCAGUUUGGAUAUUGUCUAUUGCUGGCUGCACCUUCUCACUAAGGCACAUUCUGGGUAUGUGUAAAUGUACUUUGCGAAUAAAGGUGAUUCUGAUUCUGAUCCAGUGUGAUAGAAAGUCGUGUGUACUACACCCAGACAUACUGCGCAAUAGAGGGAAAGAACAGGAGACAUCCACUAUGGUGAAUAGACUGAAACCAUCUUUAAUAGCAUGUUGAUAUACUGCAGAACAGAAGACAGGUAAAGAGGGAUUCAAAGCCAACCGAGGGAGGUGAUGGUUGAAACCUAUGCCCAAAUUCAACAAGUCUGUCCUCCUAAAACGUCCCCUUCCUCAUUGUGUGACAACAGAACAACAUAGGUGACAGAAAACCACCAGAAGAUAAGAGUUCCACGCAUCACCCGAAUCGAAAGCAGUGCAUUUUUAGCAUCACAUAGCCCUUUCACCUAUAUCCAAAGAAAAAGGUUAGUCAUUUGAAAUAACUUUCAGUAGCAUUCAAUUUCAAUGCAUCUUACAAUAGCAUUCAAUCAAUUCAAUCAAUUCCACUAAACCUAAUUUUUGCUGCUUGAGACUCCAUUUGUGGGAGACAGUCACAUUUUUGCCCACAAAGACAAUGAUAGGCUUCUCACAUUCUGAUGCAUUGUGGGUGAACGGACAGACAGAAUAAUGACAUCUUUAUCCCCCGUGCUGCACUCUGUCAACUUCAGUCAUGCACAACAAACUUGACUUUGAAGGGAAAGCAUGUAUCACAGUAUCAAUAGGCCUCCUACACAUACAAAACCAAUGUCAUGCCUGGUUGAAGAAUCACAUUCGCUCCACAUGGUGAAUUGACAACGACGAAAGGAACAGAUGACCUUGUUCUUAGAGUGUGAAAUGGAUACAGACACAGCUCUCUGGUUUGCCAUAGGCUGUUAAACCCUAAAGAGACAUACAGAGUGCGUCCCAAAUGGCACCCAAUUCCCUUUAUAGUGCACUAAUUCUGACCAGGGCCUAUAGGGUUCUGGUCAAACCUAGUGCCCUAUGUAGGGAACAGGGCGCUAUUUGGGACGCACCCACAGUGAAGUAUUUGAAAUAUGUAACCCUGUUUUAUACACCCUUCAGCAGUUAAUAUAACAGAGCCUUUUGGCGAUUGAAACUGACACAUUAAACAAAGAGAUAAAAAGGGAGUGUGAGAUAUCCUCUUGGCUUGGCGAGCAUGAGUCACGAUGCUGAGGUGGGCAUGGGGCAAUCUCCACACACACACACACACACACACACACACACACACACACACACCACAGUCAACCUCUCAGCCCCCACAGCAGCGUGGUGCAAUAGAUUGUUUUUCCAGAGGCUCGCUCCUCACAGAUGAAGUAGACUGAGAUUGGAGAUGAGACCGAGACUUCCACACAGCAGGUUGGUAAUUAUCUGAAAUAACGGCAGGGCCGGAUGAGAGGAGGCCAGGAGGGCCAGCCGAAUACAUAUUCCACACCACCUGAUGGAGCUCAUGUUUUAAACAUGGGCACAUUCAGACCAGAGCAGUCGAUGAACUAUUUCAGAUAAAUUACAUUUUGUUGAUGAACUAUUUCAGAUAAAUUACAUUUUGUUGACCUUAGCAUUUACGUGGAUGGAGAUAACUUGGUCGUCCUCUCCAACACUCCAACGUGAUAUUUAACAAACUAAGCCGAGCAAAAAGCGAAAGAUUAUUCUUGUCCCCUUCAAUACAGAUGAGCAAAUAACAGACAAAAUAUUUGAAUGCUAUUAUGGGAGUGAUGUGAAAAUUGGAGCACUAAGCUUUUAAAACAUAGUUGUUGUUUUUUUUUUAUUUUUUUUUUUUACAGUCCAAUCAAAAGGUUAUCUGGGAUACACAGAAGAAGCAGCAA